AUGGUCCUCCGGUUUGCGUUCCACACAAAUUUCCACCAGGGCGAGGAGAUGUUGGAUCUGCCGGUGAAGCAGCUCGACAGCCCCAAGCACGGCGUGCUCAAGGACCCGCGCUUCCCCGAGGACUUCCUCCUCCGCUGCGUGCUCGACAAGGCCGACUAG